AUGGGCGAAGAUGCCAGCACAUAUCCUGGCCCUAAUGACAAGGAAGAUGAUACCGAUUCUGCUGAUCUCAAGUUCCCUUCUGAGGAUGUAAGGAUGCCAAAGCCCUCAGUGAUGGAAAGCGUCAGAGUCGGGCAGGUUACGGUCACGUGGGGAGCAUUAGGCUGGGUUCCCUGUGUCCUUACAGAGGAGUUCCUCGACGGCACAAUGCCUCCUCCCGUUGAAACCGCCAUCGAAGACACAGUUCUCCUUAGAGAGGAUGAAUCUGAACCUGUUGAACACAAUCGGUUAUCAAAACUGAUGACCAACUUUGAGCAAUUUUUGGCCUUGUACACUGAAACGUUUAACAUAUCCCGGAAGGCCUUUGCUGUGUUACGUGAAGGCCUUGUCCUUAUAAACUCCCUCAAUGAGUUAACAGACCUGCCACAAGAUAUUGGCACGCUCAAGAGACGAAUGGUCGCCCAGCUGCCAUUGAUACCACUCUGCCACAAGAUGAUUCAAUUGAAUCAAAACAAAUUGCCUACGAUGGCACCGGCAGAGAAGGCUAAAGCAGAUCACCAGAUGCAGGCUGAUACCCACUGGUUUGAAGCUGGAGAUGAAGUCAACGACACUCUUUUUAUCUUGCCAGUGACAACCAGGCCAAUGCUGAGAGAGGCCGCUGAAGCAAAUACUGCCCCAUCGAAGAACCACCUCCAGAGCUACACCGACGAUGCUGGCAAGAACCCUGGCACAACCUACCCUGGCUAUCACAACCGCCCAGCAAAUGUUGCUGUGAGUGGCAUUGCAAAGGACCUGGCGGCUACGAUCUCAUCUGGAAAGAGCGCCCAAAAUGAGCGGGAAGCAAAGCGGAGGGCGAGAGAGGAGAAACAAAAGGCAGCGAAGGAGCAGGAAUGGAAAGAGCGACAGGACAGAGAAAGAGAUAAGGACAAGGAGAAGGCAUAG